CUAGACACUCACAAUGACUACACGUACAUACAUUGCAAGUUGCGCCAUCAUCUUACAUGCAUCGGUGGUACUUUCAAACCAAAAUAUCUCUACUGUAGCAGAAGAUGUAGGGGGCACCUCAUCAAACGCGACACAGAAUGAGCCAAACAUCCGCAACCAUUCUUUGGUGCCAUGUAGCUAUACAAUUGAUCAAAGCUCAAAAAAUAGUUUCAUGGAAUUGGUCAACGAUAGAAACAUUAACUUUAUGUACAUUAAAGUAAAUUUUUCGCGGAGAAUGGAGAUAGCACGAUUGAAGAAGCACCGGUUCUUUUCUCCUGGCUACCUUAUAUGGACAUUUAAAUCAUCUCCAAAGGCAGGAUAUCCUUUACUUGGCUACCCAUAUGACGUCAAAAUCCUCUCGCUUGGUUUCCUUACGUGGUACGUGUACGAUCAUCUGCAAGUUCAUGUUGACGUUGCGCCAGAAAAUUGCCACGCAGAAUGGGGUGACGAUGGUACGAUGAAACGCCUACUUUCUACUCUGAGAGACUUGUCAAAUCAGACGAUACAUGGAGAAACCACAGCGUGGUGUUACGGAAUCAGAUUCCAGUGGGACUGGAUGAACAAUCUCAUCGUACAUUGGAUCCGAGUGGGUCGAGAUUAUACGGGAUAUAUGUGCAGCACGUUGCCGGAAAGUCCGUUCCGUUUCAAUGAGGUCAUCAAACAGACUCGGUUCUUGUUCUUUCUGCAAGUAUGUGGCGUGAUUCUCCUUUGCUACAGCCCAUUACUACUUUACAUAUUCGAUACAAGUUUGGAGGGUAAGAAAGAAGACUGGCCAUUUUAUAGCUGCUUGAAACACGCGUUAAUCGAUGAAAGCGAAACGGACGUCAAUGAAGAAGUUGGCGCAAGAGACACACAGGGCACAAGGCCUUCUGACAAUAUGCACGUUGAGAACGAAACGAGUGAAAAUAAAACGACCAAUGUUGAUGGUGGAGAAAUGGUCAGUGCUUAUCAAAAUGUCACCACAAGGUCUGAAGACAAAAUUAAGGAAAUCCAUGAUAUGAAAGAGGAUAAAACGAGGAUAAAACAGGACAAUGAACCCAAUUAUGGAGAUGAAGAAGAUGUCGGCACAAAGUCAGAAGACAAUCUGAACUCUGAGAAUAAGCAUGAUAUCAAUGAGAAGGAAACGGGUGAUUUGGACAACAAGUCCAUCAGUGUUAAUGAAGAGGUCGGCACAAAGUCUGAAGGCAAUAUGAACUUUGACGAUAUCAAUCAGGAACAAGAAUGUGACAGUGACGAAGCUGCGGAAUACUUUUUUCAAGGGGAUGUACAUAUAUCUUUUUUUGUGCUUUUGAAUGGUUGUUUUGAAAAAUUACAAAACUCUGGUGACUUUAAGUUGAAGUGGUUAUUGAAACUUCUCUUUUUGAUUUUCAUCGUCCCGCUUGUCUUAUAUAUCAAGAUGAUUGUAUAUUACUUCCUGUUGAGAGACCCUGUGCUCGCUCGAAUGGAACAAGACAUCCCCGUUGGAUUUGUCGCGGUACCCUUUGGCUUUGAAGCUAGCAGAAGAAAUUGGUCAUAUUUUAUGGGUGGACCAUAUGUCAUAUAUGGUGUGUUUUUCGUAUUGGCAGCCGAGGCGUCCACAUACAUAGUCCUUGUUGCUGCCGUUGCUGCAUACAUACGGAAAGCAAUUGAUGAUUACAAUGUUAUUUACAGUAAUAUCCUGGAGGAAACCAUAAUCAUAUCGAAAGCUUUACAAAAGUCCAAGAAUCUAAGCUUUCCCCAUGUGCAGUGGUUUAAAUUUGAUGAAUUCCGAAACCCAGGGAUCAAGAAAUCAUUAUAUUCCUUUCUGGUCGAAAAGCAUCAGCCACUACGAGUUGAACAUUUUCUUACGGUACUGUACCUUUGCAUUGUAAUCUCUUUCAUCUGGUUGACUAUAUCUGUGGUUCAAACAUAUAAUCAGUAUUCCGAGUUAGAUGGUGUCAUACAGCUUGGAUCAUCUGUUGUUUUUGGCUUAAUUCCCUUGCUUAUCGGAUGGUGUUUGCGUUCCAAAUCAAUUCGAACCGAUAAAAAGUUUAAGACGAAACUACGAGAGAGCAUUGUGGAAUACUGGAGUAGGUACUGCCAUGCGACUUCCAAAUCAAUUCGAACUGAUGAACUGUUUAAGAAGAAACUACAUGUACGACAGCGCAUAAAGCAAUACUGGAGUCUCUACUCCGAUGCAACAGAGCAAUAUGAGAAACUCUGCCUUGACGAAAUAAAGCAAUACGGGAGGCCCUGUACUGACGAGAUAGGGCAAUACGGAAAGUUUUGUCCCGACGAGUCGGGGCAAAACGGGAGAUUCUACCGAUGCGAGAUUGAACGAUUUGGGAAAGCCAGCUCCUACAGGACAGACAUUUUAUAUUGAAUCUAUCAUUCGUCAUAAAUGACUCGAAAAUGAAUUCGCGCAUUUUUGUAAGUGGAAAACAAGAGCAACUGAUUGAAAGUUCAAAGGGAUAAACUCUAAAAUUGUAUCAUGUUAAAUGGGUUUAUAUAAUGUAACUCGUGUUAAAUCAACGUUUUGUUGCUGUUAAUUUUUCACUUUGAG